AUGAGAUAUUAUGAACAGGGGAAUUUAUAUGAAUAUCUUGAAAAAUCUACUGGGCUUCUUUGCUGGAGAGAUAUAGUAGAAAUGCUAUGGUCCAUAGCAGCUGGUCUUAACGUUAUUCAUGAAGCUGAUCUCGUUCAUGGACAUAUACACGGAGGAAAUAUAUUAGUUGAAAACGAAGCAGAUUCAAUAGAUACUAGAAUAGCAGAUAGUGGUUUACACGGUUUGGUUGAUAAACCAUCACAACAAAUUUAUGGAGUAAUACCUUUCAUUGCUCCGGAGAUAUUUAAUGGAAAUACUCCAAAAAAAGAAUCUGAUAUUUACAGUUUUGGCAUGAUCAUGUGGAUGUUAUCAGCUGGUGUACGCCCUUAUUAUGAUAGACCCCAUAAUUUACAACUUGUUCAAGACAUCUGUUCUGGAUUAAGACCAAGUGUCGUAGAAGGAACUCCGCCUGUUUAUUCUAAAUUAAUGUUCGAAUGUUUAGACGCCAAUCCAUCAAAUAGACCAACAGCAUAUAAACUUUACGAAUGUUUUGGAGAUUGGGUUUCAGCCAUAUGUGAUGAUCCAAACACAUCUGAAUUGUCAGUUCAAUUUGAUGCUGCAGAGGAGGCCAAAUUUGCAAAUUUGGAAAAAUCAGUUUCUUAUAAUGAUUCAUCGAUUCAUGAAAAGGCAAUUUAUACUAGUCGUCCGUUAAAUCCCUAUAUAAGAUCUACUCAGCCUUUUUUAUACGGCAAAAUGUAA